UUGCCCUCAGCCUCAAGUAACCUCCCCUCAUUCCGACUCGACCUAGAACCACCCUACUAUCACUUUUAGAUGCUUUAGACAAUUUUGCAAAAACAUUUUUUUUUAACUUGCCACAGGCAAACCAUUUCAACUCUUCUCAUAUCACCCUUCCUUCAGACGAAAGAAUAAAUAGGUCAAAAAUCCUUGUAAACCUUUUAGGAAAUAAACUUAUUAUGCACCAUUCGAUGCGCCUUCAGAUUCUCUUCGAGGUGGUAUAUUUGAUUUCUCAAUGCUGAAUAUAUGAUCUUGUCCAUCUAGGUCCUUUUUUCCAAGUGAUUAGGCAUGCACCAAUCCCGAUUCCAAACAAUCCUAUUCCGAUUCUAGAAUUGGAAUCGAAUGGGAUUGGUUGGAAUUGGAAUCGAACGGAAUCGGUUGGGAUUGGGAUUGGAAUCGAAUGGAAUCGACCCAUAAUUGGAAUCGGAAUCGAAUGGGAUUCUUUGGAAUUGGAAUGGGUUGGAACCAGCUGGGAUUGA